AUGAAGCGGGACCGCACUGACGAUGUGGCGCGUACGCCAACUGGCAACUGGGACUUCUCCCCGCACCACACACUGGAGGCGGAGGCGGAGGGGUUUGAACGGGCUGCGGUGCAGCGCUACACCCUUGGGCUCCUGCACUUGCGGGGCGCGGAUCCGAAGGCAACGCCGGCUAAUGUCGCCGCGUCCAUUAUGCGCUCCCUCAACGAGCGGUUUAGGCGGAUCGUCAAGAUAGGACAAGGGAGCUUUGGGGAGGUGUACAUUGUCUUUGACACUGUGACGCAAACCCACCUCACGAUGAAGCGCAUGCAGCUGCUGCGCGGUGCAGGUAGACGUGUCAUGGGGCUGUGUAAUACAACCUCUCGGGAGCUGAAUCUACUGCGUAUCCUGAAGCAUAAAAAUAUCGUUGACCUAUUUGACUACCACGUUGUCCCGGAUGGAACCCUCAUUGCGCUGAUGCCUGUUGUGGCGUACGAUCUUGUCUCGCUGAUUCGGCUUUGGCGAAACGGCGGCCCCCGUGGGGAGCCAAGCGCCGGUCGUAUGCCGCUUCCCACCAUUAAGUGUAUCUUUUAUCAGCUUCUUACCGGUCUCGCCUACCUGCAUAAGGAGCGGGUAAUUCACCGCGACGUGAAACCAAGCAACGUCAUGAUUGAUGAAAAGGGCGUUGUGAAAAUCAUUGACUUUGGCUGGGCCCGCUUCUGUCCUGCGAGGUGGCGUGGGCCAAUGACAGGGCCCCCAUGUCCCGUCACGUACCGCCCGCCGGAGGUUCUCCUCGGCGGGAAACAUGCACUGAACUACGACGCUUCCGUCGACCUCUGGUGCUGCGGUUGCAUUCUCUUCGAGAUGCUCUCUGGUGGAAAGAUGUUUAUCAACGCCCGCAGUGAGGUGGAGGCGGUUGCGGCAAUCACGGACUGGCUUGGCUCCCCAUCGACGAAGAGCGCGCUGUACUACGGGCGCACGGGUAGCUCCCUCAUCCGCUUCAAGGAGAACCAGCCAAGUCAUCUGGCCCAUCGGUGUGAGCUGCUUCACAUUGACCGGGAUAGUGUGGGCAUGCUGGACGCAAUGCUCCAGCUGGAGCCACGGCGACGACAGCCUGCCGAGAAGUUGCUGCGGCACCGCUGGUUUUCCGCCGCGCCUGUGGCGUGCGAGCCGCAUGAAAUCUCUCUGCCGGAGCACAACAUGUAUCGAUGGCUGGAGUCGCAGCGCCGCUCUUGA